UGUCACGGUCACCCAGCUUUCCGGAUCCCGGACAAAGUGUGCGCGCGCUGUCAGUGUGUUUCUCCGUCGUUGCAUCACGCGUGGAAGAAAAUGCUCGCGUUCCAGUGUGGCAGAAUAUAAAUAGAACUUUCAUAGUUGGAGAACGCGAGCUCGUCGUCCCGAUUUAGAUAUUUUGGAAGAGCAAUGGUGCUAAUUAUAACCGUGAUGUAGAUCCACUCCGUCUCAGCGCGAUUCGAGUGCGGCUCUCAGUGGAGCGCGAACUGCUGCCCUUUGUGUUUAGUUGGUGUUUCGUUACAAUGGGGGACUUAUCGGAGCCGAUCAAGAAAUGCAUUCUCAUACUGAAAUCUGCGAAGAGCGACACGGAAAAGUUCGCCGCGCUCUUCAUGGUCACAAAGCUAGUGAAGGGAAAGGACUGUAACUCACAGGCCAAGAAGGCACUAUUUGAAGCCAUCGGGUUCAAGUUCCUGAAGAAGCUGCUCACCAACAACAAUGUGCAAGAAGACUGCCCUCCCGCUGUUUACAAGUCAGUGGCCCUGUCCAUCCUCACAUGCUUCUGCAAGGACCCCGAGCUGGCCACACACCCGGAGAUGCUCGCCAACAUACCAGUGUUCCUCGACAUUGUGCAGACUUCAGACAAUGACGACUAUGAUGAUAACCUAAUCAUCAUCAGUGAAGCAUACACAUGCCUCCAGUGUAUUGCUGAACAAACUGCUGGACAGAGAGCCUUGAUUGAAGUUGGCGCCAUCACAAAAAUGUCUGAAAUUUACUCGCAACAAAGCUUCCAGACUGAUGAAGCUUUGAAUAUUCUUGUGAAGCUAGUAAGCCGCUAUGGCCCUAUUAGUUGGGGUAAUGACCCAAAGCCUUUCCAUGCAUUGGUGAGCAAAAUAGCCCUGGACUUUGCCACGGAUCAGUCGGAGAGAAAAUUUGAACUCGCUACAAUAUUGAGUGCCCUUCUGUACAGCUGCAACAAAGCAACAGUGGUACCCACAGCCUCUGAAGAAACAUGGCCUCUGAGUAUUUACAAGGCACUCCAUGAUAUACUCACCAGCAAAAUAGGCAAAAACCAAAGAGAUCCUGCUCUCAAGCUUGCGGCUAAUAUUGUUGACCUUCUUGGAAUAGAGUGGACCCUCAGUGAUGAAGAAAAUCCCAAGAAAUUCUUCCUACUGCUUCUGCAACUUUGUGCUAUUGAAGUGAGAAUGCAACUGGAUGACCGCAGUUUCAAACAAGCUUUUGCUAAUGCUGAGUUGGUGACCUCUUGUUUUAUAGUACUGGAGUUAUCUAUUAAUUUUAUGGCUACUGACCAACUUGAUUUGGAACAAAAAGAAAAACAGUCUGUAUACACUAGUCUUAAAGGAGCUUUUAAUGCCAUUGUAUCAAUUUUAACUAAGGUAUCAAAUGACAAGAACCGUGAAAAGUUACCAGAUGCAGAGAAAGUGUUUGUGUGUGCCAUGGUAAGAGUUUUGGUGGCUUGGAUUGCACAGGAAACCACAGCAAUGAGGGAACAAAUCUAUGCUUUAUUACCAUUUAUUUUCACUCUUGCCAAUGACUCCUUCCAUGCAUACCGUUCAAGGAAACUUUCUGAAAAGAACAAAACUGAUGGUGAACCAAUGGAAGCAGAAGUUUGUUUAAUGGGUCAAAUAGACCUAUUGCGUUUAAUGCUUCCUGCUCUCUGUCAUCUGGUUGUUGAAGAUAAAGCCAGGGAUAUUGUUCUGAAUUUGAAGCAGGAAGAUAUUUUAUAUGAGGCAAUGAACUUCCAUUGGUCAAUAGUGCACUAUAAGAAACCCCCAGUACCAAAAUCAGAAAGAUUGAAACCCAGAACUCAACCCGAGCCUGAACUUGAUCCUGAUGUUCUUGAAGAUAUGAAAGAUUCCCGGGCUGCCAUGGUGAGCCUGUGCAACAUCUUCAUGAAUCUAACAGUACUGGCUCCCAAGGUUGUAGACAACAGCCUCUUAUUCAACACAUUGCUAAAAUUCAUUUUCAACAAUCUGCCAGAACUAAAGAAUAUCCCUGAAAAUCUUGUGCUUCAUGGACAUCUUGGAGUUUUAGGUUUGUUGUUGCUCAAGCAACUAGCAAGCAAAGUAAAGAAGAAUGACUUCUCAAUAUGCAGAUACAUUCAAGCUACUAUAAGAUUUUUGUGGGAUGCUUACAAUGUGGAUGAGUCCAAUGACCCUAAUGCCUUAGUUGUUUCUAUGUCUUACAAGGAAUACUGGAGUGAAAUUGCAGACCUGUGGUUCCUAGGCAUGCAAACCAUGAGUGGAGUUUUAGCCAUAGUGCCUUGGAUUUCCGAAUUUGCCUUAGAGAGUGGCUGGGCUGAAGGCAUAGUAGAAAUGCUAGUUAAAGUAAAAGUGGGCACCCUUCCCCCUAAUGUUAAAUCAGCCUUUGAAGACUUCCUCUGCAGGCUGGUGGAUUCCAAUGAAAAUGUUAUUGCUGUCCUGAAGAAGGCAGGCGCACUGAAGAUGUGCAGGAACCACCGCUUCAUGGACUUGGGAAAGAAACUGUUUGGAGAUUAGAAAUACUUUUUUUACGUUUGAUGCUUUCAAUGUGAAUGCCUCUUGUAAAAUUGCAAUUUUAAAAACUUAUUUCCAUUUAUACUUUUUGUACUUUACCAGGGUGUCAGUCACUCCAUUCAUGUAUACCUACUUGUAGUAGGUUAGGUGCACCUCUUAUCUUUUUCUUAGAUAGGCACCUAGGAAGUAAGUACCUACUUAAAUAUUGUGUAAAUAACAUAAAUAUGCUUCCCAGUACUAUGAAACUAUGCAUAAGUAUUUUCUUUUGUUUUCAGAAUUCAAACUAAUUUUCAGAUGUGUAACUUUUUGUACGUAACAACUUAAACAAGAUGUUUCAUAAUAAAUGUAACAUGAUGAAUAAAUGUUGAAUGGAUAUA